CUGUGAUGAGUGUCCACAAGCGAGGAGAGAUCAGAGCUUUCUUAUGUUCGACCCCUGCCCGAUGAGGUCAAAGGUCAUUCAAAUGGUCAUCUGACUGCAGUGUGGACGAGAAGCAAGAAAUCUUCAUGGUGAAAUGCCCCCCAUCAUGCGCAGGAGGCAGAACUGUGCGACGCAAGCUGCCUUCCUGACCAGACACGGGUCGAGGGAGACGGACGGCUGUCUGAGGAAAGCUCAGUUUCACAUGGACCUCUGGUGCCGCUUCACCCUCCAGAACUGGCUCCUGGACUUCGGGAGACCCGUAGUCAUGAUCGUUUGUCCUGUGGAGUGGUUCCCUUUAAACAGACCCAGUGCUGGAGACUAUUUCCACAUGCUGUACAACAUCACCACACCAUUCCUGCUGCUCAAGCUCAUUGAGCGAAGCCCGAAGACUUUGCCCCGCUCCGCCGUUUACCUGUGUAUCAUCACGUUUGUGAUGGGCUCGAGCGCACACCUGGUGGGAGACUCCAUUAACCAUCGGCUUCUGCUCAGCGGAUACCAGUUACACCUGAGCGUCAGGGAAAACCCCAUCAUGAAGAACCUCACACCACAAACCCUGAUUGACUCGUUUGAGUUGCUACAGUAUUAUGAUGAAAGUCUGGGUCAUUGCAUGUGGAGUGUUCCUCUAUUUCUCAUCCUGUUCCUGUAUUUCACUGGCUGUUUCACUAUUGUCAAAUCAGAGAAGAAGAUGCCCGUCUCUGCUUGGCUUCUGCUGGGUCCUAGUGGCCUUUACUACUGGUAUCUUGUGACGGAAGGACAAAUCUUCAUCCCCUUCAUCUUCACCUUUUUUGCCAUGACGGCUACAGUCAUGCACCAGAAGCGUAAAGGUUUUCUGCCCGACAGUAACGGACUGUUCCUGCUCUACAGUUUCUCAAUAUCACUCGUGUUAGUGACCGUCUGGGUCGCCUGUCUGUGGAAGGACGCGGUGUUACGGAAGAAAUACCCAGGAGUGAUGUAUAUACCUGAGCCGUGGGCCCUUUACACACUUCACCUGAGAGACAAACACACGACGCUCGCAGACUGAACCCACAGAUCACUGUCAGGGCAGAUCAUGACGGGCAUUGCAACCAUAAACUCUUCAUUAAUGUCAUGUUGCACCUUCAAAAAUUGACUUUAUGCACAGCUGGCAUCCUAUGAAUUUAUGCAAAACGAGUCAAUUUCCACCAGCCAAAGUCGUG